AUGGCAGAGAACGAGCUCAAGCAGAUCGUCUCCCAGCUGGACUCCCUCAAAGCCAACAACCUCUCCGAAGCACCCAAACUACUAUCACGCGCGAAACUCGCCCUCCUUAACCUCAACGCUCUCGUGCCUACAGAGAAGACACAACCACAACACCUCGCUCUCGCCGCCUCAGUCCUCGAAUACGGCGCGCUCAUCAGCAUACGGCUCCAGGAUACCGACGCCUUCACCCGCUACUUCCAACAGCUGCAACCUUUCUACUUUCUCCCCAGUGACCGGUCGCCCAGCAGAAGACAGAGUAACCAGGGUAAGGUGACGGGACUCUACUUGCUUCUGCUGUUGAGCGUGGGUGAUUACGCGGGCUUCCACACUGUGCUGGAGGGGCUGGAGGCGAGUAGCGGGAAGGAGCAGAUCGAGAAGGAUGACUUUAUUCAGUAUCCCGUGCGGUUGGAGCAGGCUUUGAUGGAGGGUAGCUAUGAUAAGGUUUGGGGCGAGACGAAGGGUGAGAGGGUGCCCAGCGAGGAGUUUGGGGUGUUCUCUGAGGUCCUCGUCAACACCAUUCGCUCCGAGAUCGCAUCAUGCUCAGAGCGCGCAUACCCCUCGCUGCCCAUAUCGAACGCGAAGAACCUGCUCUUCCUGGACUCCGAGGGUGCGGUGAUUCAGUUCGCGCAGUCUCGCGGCUGGGUGGCGAAGGAGGGCAGGAUAUACUUCCCGCAGCAGGAGGAGGAGAUGCUGGCUGCGCAGAAGGAUGUCAUGAGCAGCAGCAACGUGGUCAUUGAGAACACGCUCGGGUACGCGCGGAAGCUGGAGACGAUUGUCUAA